ACGCGCCGCAGCCCGAAGAAGGUUGGCCGGCCGGCCGCGAGCGCCGCACGGGCGCUUCGCGAGUCGAACCAGGCCAACGGCUACAAGCCGGCGCAGACGCCCAACAUCAAGCCGUCGUCCCGCCGGAUGGGAUCAUCGGCCGGAUCGUCGCGGUCCGCGGCGUCGUCGCUGAAGCGCGCGGCGCCCGAAUCGGACGGACCGGCCCCAAAGCGCCGCAGCGCCGGAGACCAGCCGCUCGAGGCGGUCGACGAGAGCACAGCGCUCUCCGAGCUGCAUGCCUCGCGCGAGGACAAUGAGCGGCUGACGUGCGAGGUGGAGCGGCUCAACACGGCGCGCUCCGCGUGGGAGGACCGCGCCGCCGAGCAAGCCGCCGAGCUCGAGCGGCUGCACGCCGAGAUUGAGGCGGCGCGGCAGGAGCUGUCGGCGCAGGUCACCGCGGCCGAGGAGAGCGCCGCUGCGGCGGAGGCGGCGCGCGCCGCGGCGCAGGCCGAGGCCGAGGCGACAGCCGCGCGGGCGGCCGGGCUCGAGUCCUCCCUCGCCGCCACCAUGCACGAGACCAUCCAGGCGCUUCGCGGAAACAUCCGCGUCUUUUGCCGCGUGCGCGGCGGCGGCGGCGAGGCGGAGUGUGCGGUGAGCGUGCCGGCGGGGCAGGUGGAGGACACCGUCCUCGAGAUCCGGCCCGUCGAUGGCGCGAAGGGCGGGCCGCAGCGCUUCCAGUUCGACCACGCGUUUGGCGCGGCGGCGUCGCAAGAAGACGUCUUCGUCGAGGCGUGCCUCAAGUCGACGCGCGUCGCGACGGCGGAGGAGGUGGCGCCGCUGCUCGCCGCUGCGCAGCGCGUGCGCUCGACGGCGAGCACAAAGAUGAACGACCGCUCUUCGCGCUCGCACUAUGUCUUCCGGAUGCGCAUCCGCCGCCGCGAGGGCGAGGGCGGCGGCUCGGAGCGCGUCAAGGAGUCGGGCGUGAGCGGCGAGCAGAUGGUCGAGGCGAGAGCGAUCAACAAGUCGCUCUCCUCGCUCGGCGACGUGGCGGCGCUCGCCUCUGGCGCCAAGCACGUGCCGUUCCGCAACUCGAAGCUCACGCACCUGAUGCAGAACGCGCUCUCGGGCUCGCUCAAGACACUGCCGCGCCGUCACUCUUCGCCGGUGGAUCAGCCGAGGGUCCCCCGACGGGUAGGCUCGUCCAAGACGCUCAUGUUCGUCAACAUCUCGCCGCUGGCAAAGCACUACAACGAGUCGGUCUCCUCGCUCCGCUUCGCCCAAAAGGUGAACGGCUGCCUCUCGAGCAACAAGCGCGGGCUGCCGGGCAAGUGA